GGAUAAGGGUAGAUUAUAGCUGUUUCAAUUUUAGUCAUUUAGUUUGAUAUCGACAAUCCAUACAUUAUUAAUGAAAGACGUCUGUAGUUUGUACUUCCUCUGCCUCUAAACUCCAGAUCUUCAGUCCCACCUGCUUGUACCAUGAUUUUACAAGGUAAGUAUUGAUAGUGGUUUCGAGCUUUAAAUAUGGCGACUCCAUUACCUAUAUCCAUGAGUUUCAGUUCUGAGUUCCAUGUUCUCCAAGAAGGUUUCAAGUGUUCAUCUUCAACUCCCAGCACCAACAUUAUUAGCAGGAAAAAUAUUAGCCUUUUUUCAUCUAAAGACCAUACACUGAGGACAAAGAUGAAUAGAAGAUUGAGUUUUUCGAAAGAAAAAGAUCAUGGAAAGUGGUGUAAUCAGUGUUUACAAACUAGUAGAACAGAAAUUUCAUGUCCUACCUUUUAUGCUUCAGAGUCUGAUUUCACAGAAAAGCAUAAAAGUUCAUUAGAAAUAUACUUGGAAAAACUUCAGAAUCAAGCGAAACAAGUUUCACAGGAUUAUGUCAGUGAUGCUUCUGAUGUGGAUGAUCAAACUAAUCAACUGUUAGCAAGAACGGAGCUGGGAUUACUCGAGAAAUAUCUCGACUCACUCAAAGAAGAUACCAAGUCUGAAGAAUGUUUACCAUAUUUUUCUGACAGAAAUGCAUCAGGAAACUCUGAAGAUUCUGUUAGCAUCAAAGGCAUGGCAAUACAAGAAUUCGAGAGAAGAACUGUUUAUGAUAAGAAGGCUGCAUCAACUCCUAUGUAUGACGAGAAAGAGAGUGGGAAUCUAUACCUGAUAAGUACAUUGCUGUCGAUAAAUAUAGCUGUGUUUCUGUUCGAGAUAGCUAGUCCAGUAAAAAGUUCAGACUAUAACCUUUAUACACUUCCCCUGAUGUAUGGUGCCAAGGUUAAUGAUUUGAUCAUGGUUGGCCAAUGGUGGAGGCUUGUCACACCAAUGUUUCUGCAUUCAGGACCUCUGCACAUUGCACUUGGCUCAUGGGUGCUUGUUUCUUUCGGACCUCAAGUUUGCAAAGGAUAUGGUUCUUUUACAUUCCUCUUGAUAUUCAUUCUAGGGGGUAUUUCAGGAAAUUUCUCAAGCUUUCUUCAUACAUCAGAAGCUACUGUGGGUGGAUCAGGACCAGUUUUUGCUGUCAUCGGAGCUUGGCUCGUUUAUCAAAUUCAAAACAAAGAAUUAGUCUCAAAGGAACUUUCUGAUAGUAUGUUUCAGAAGGCAGUGAUCGCUACAGCUCUUAGCUUUUUUCUUGGGAACUUUGGGCCUGUGGACAACUGGACAAGUCUCGGUGCAGCAGUAUCAGGAAUCAUAUACGGAUUUUUAACAUCUCCUGUGGCGCAAGUAGAUGAUGCACCUGCAUCUUCCUUGCAAGAAAGAAAUAGUGGGAUGAAAGAAGAAAUCAAACUAAAUAGCACACAAACUGCUAAUCCUUGUAAAUCGCUUCUGAUUUUUACAAUUUUUGUUUCUGCUUUGAGCUCCUUGAUUUUAUUUAAUGAGUUUUCACUUGAUAACCUGGAAUUUGAAGAACUUGUCCAGAUUAUUGAGUAGUUUUUGUCUUUUUUGUGUAAGGUUACACCUAUAAAUGUUAGUAUGUUACCUAAUACUUAUGCAGUUCGAUCUGUAACAUAAAUGAAAUGUGUUCGCGUGCUACCUCA